AUGCAGAAGCCAAUAGUUUCUAUGACAAAGCAUUAGAAUUGGAUUCUAAUCAUCUUUAAAGCUUAUUUGGAAAAGGUAUUAAUUCAAAGAGAAGUAGGCUAAUAUUUUAGAUUGAUAGAGAAUUAUGAUGAGGCUAUUGAAUGGUAUGAUAAAGUGAUAAAAAUAAAACCAAAUCAUAUAAAUGCAAUUUGGGGAAAAGGCGAAUCAUUAAGAAUGCAAGACAAAUUCAGAAAGGCAAUCGCUUAUUUUGACAAGGUUCUGAAAUACCAUCCAAAGCAUUUCUUGUCUCUAUAUGGCAAAGGAGAAGCACUUAGAAUGCUCAAGUAUAAUUAUGAUGCUUCUGUUGAAUACAAACAAGCACUUGAAUUGUAGCCUAACCAUAUUAAAGGAUUAUUUGGAUAUGGGGAAGUAUUAAAACUGAUGAGAAAGUACCAAUAAUCUUUGGUAUGCUACAAGAAAAUCUUGGAAAUAGAUUAAGGCAAUAUGGAAGCAGUGUAGUUGAAAUAUGAGGUAGAACAUUUCAUUUCAUAAAUGUAAUAAAAGGAAUAGAUUAAUAUAAUGAGAAAGUAAGAUCUCUAAAGCAAUAGUAAAUUUUUUGAUGGUCUUUAAACCAAUACUCUAAAUUUUAGAAAAAAGUUUUGA